AGGCUGAAACCGCAGCAGCGGAUCCGGACUGAACCUGAACCCGACCCGUCCGGACUGUGGAUUUAAAUAAAGGAUCCGGACCUGAAGGUGUCAGCGCUGCGACAGGAGCCGCUCCAGACUGCUGCUGUCCCCCAACAAGGUACCGAUCCUCCGGACCUGCUGCUUUACACAACACACAUAUUAAUCUGUUAAAUAUCAUCAUCAUCAUCUUCAUCAUCCCGGUCCUCCUGAGACCCGGUCUGUCCUCUCAGAGCUCUCAAACUUCAAUCAGCCUGCUGGUCUCCAGGGUCCAGAGACCCUCAACACAGUUCAGUCACCGGUCAGAGGUCAGAGGUCAGUGGUACCAGUGGGUGGAGAUGAUGUCCAUGCAAAUGAGCGAGGCGGACUCUGUGGUGAAGGUGGCAGAAUGGCAGCAGACCUACUACGCCUCAGACUCUGGGAUCCAAUCAGGAGCCACCACCGUCCUGGAUGACGAGAGCAGCACCGAGUACAGCGGCCGUAAGAAAUACAGCGGUAGUACCGCCAACAGUACUGCAGCUUCUGGGACCGCCACCAGCGGGGGAGCAGCAGAGCCAGCAGCCGGGGGGCUCGAGAGCCCCACAGACUUAGAGGCUCAGUACUCACUAACCCGGGCCCAGCGGGUCAGGGCAGCCAUGUUCCCAGAGACCCUGGUGGAGGGGGAGGCAGCCAUGCCGGUCCAAUCAGAUCCUUCACAGCAAAGCAACGUGCAGCGUCUGGCUGAACCGUCCCAGCUGCUGAAGACGGCGAUAGUCCACCUGAUCAACUACCAGGACGAUGCAGAGCUGGCCACCAGGGCGGUGCCAGAGCUCACCAAGCUGCUGGGAGACGAAGAUCCAGUUGUGGUAAACAAGGCGGCAAUGAUCGUCAACCAGCUGACCCGUAAGGAGGCCAGUCGCCGGGUGCUGGUGCAGUCUCCGGCCAUGGUGGGCGCCGUUGUGCGUGCGAUGACGGCGGCGGCGGACAUGGAAACCGCCCGUUGUGCAGCCAGCGUGCUGCACAGCCUGUCUCACCAGAGAGAGGGACUCAUGGCCAUAUUCAAGUCUGGAGGGAUACCAGCUCUGGUCCGCAUGCUCAGUUCACCAGUGGAAUCAGUCUUAUUUUAUGCCAUAACUACCCUCCACAACCUGCUGCUGCACCAGGAGGGGGCUAAGAUGGCGGUGCGUCUGGCCGACGGCCUGCAGAGGAUGGUCCCCUUACUGAAGAAAAGUAACCCCAAGUUCCUGGCCAUCACCACCGACUGUCUGCAGCUGCUGUCCUACGGCAACCAGGAGAGCAAGCUGAUCAUCCUGGCCAACGGGGGUCCAGAGGGUCUGGUGUUCAUCAUGAGGAACUACAACUACGAGAAGCUGCUCUGGACAACCAGUCGCGUCCUCAAAGUGCUUUCUGUCUGUCCCAGCAACAAGCCAGCAAUAGUCGAGGCCGGUGGGAUGCAGGCUCUGGGACAACACCUGACGGGUUCCAGUCAGAGACUCAUCCAGAACUGUUUGUGGACACUCCGUAAUCUGUCAGAUGCUGCAACUAAACAGGAAGGACUAGACGGUCUGCUGCAGAUUCUGGUCACCCAGCUGGGCUCAGAUGACGUCAACAUGUUGACUUGUGCGACUGGUAUUCUGUCCAACCUCACCUGUAAUAACUCACGCAACAAGACUCUGGUGACUCAGUACGGCGGCGUGGAGGCGCUGAUCCACGCCGUGCUGCGAGCCGGGGAGAAGGAGGAUGUUGCUGAACCUGCCGUCUGCGCCCUCCGCCACCUCACCUCCCGCCACCAGGACGCCGAGCUGGCCCAGAAUGCCGUGCGGCUGCACUACGGUAUCCCAGCCGUGGUGAAGCUGCUGGGACAGCCACACUACUGGCCUGUAGUCAAGGCUACGGUUGGUCUGAUCCGGAACCUGGCGCUGUGCCCGGCCAAUCAGGCGCCGCUGAGGGAGGCAGGUGCUAUCCCCCGAUUGGUCAACCUGCUGCUGAAGGCUCACCAGGACACACAGAGACACGCCUCCUCGGCACAGCAGACCUACCAGGAUGGAGUUCGUAUGGAGGAGAUAGUGGAGGGCUGUACUGGAGCGCUUCACAUUCUGGCCAGAGACCCAAUAAACCGAGGGGAGAUCGCCAGCAUGCAGACCAUCCCACUGUUUGUACAGCUGCUGUACUCGUACGUGGAGAACGUGAAGCGAGUAUCUGCAGGCGUCCUGUGUGAACUGGCUCUGGACAAACAGUCUGCAGAGCUGAUCGAUGCAGAGGGAGCUUCAGCUCCGCUCAUGGAGCUGCUGCACUCCAACAACGAGGGCAUCGCGACGUACGCUGCUGCCGUGCUCUUCAGAAUCUCAGAGGACAAGAGUUCAGACUACAGGAAGAGAGUCUCAGUGGAGCUCACACACUCUCUGUUCAAACACGACCCCGCCGCCUGGGAGAUGGCUCAUACUGCUGUUCCUCUGGAGCCCACAUACCUCUCUGAUGAGCUGGACGGGGCGUACCCUCCCUACGGCUACGCCGAGCUUCCUCUGGACAGCCUGCCGCUGGACGCCGACCUCCACGAGCCCUACAUCCCCGACAUGACCUACGACCCCCGACAGACCUACCCCGAACCUCUCUAACAGGAUAAUAAAAGAGAAAAGGAGCGAAUGAGCAAAUGAGAAGAAGAAAGACUGGAGGAAUGGAUGAAGGAAGGAGGAGACUGGAGUUUUUAAUCACAAAGGGGAUCAGCUGCUCUCCAUAUGGCAA